CUUUCCCACUGGCUUGUGUUCUGUGAUCAUGGCUGCAGCCGACCACACCAGCCAUGUUUGCUAAUUUAAAACCCAAAGGUUAGAUAAUAGUUGUUUAUUAUUUAUCGUUGUGCCAUCUUCCCACAUUCAUCCUGCUGUGUGAAGCCGCGAGGCAUCAGAGCCUGUACACAUCCGAGGAAGUAAAGAUGGAGGCAAAUAACCAUUUCAACUAUGGAACACAACCCGCAGCAUCAACCAACUCAGGAUUGAAACGAUCCUCAGGGGACUCUCUCUAUACUAACGGGUCCUCCAUGAGCUUCCCCCAGCAGGGAAAGAAUAUGAAUGGCGAAAUGAAUGUGAACGGCGUGACUACUGUACUCGGGUCCAGUGUGCCUGGCUCCCAUCCACCAACAACACCGUACCCCCACAUGAGCAACCACCAGAGCAGCGUGGGCUACGACUACCUAUGGGGUGGCCAGGCUCAAUACAGCUCAGCCAUGGGUCCAUCCCCUGGCCAUGGGAUGCACCAGAAGCAGCCACCCUCCGGCAUAAUGCAGCCUCAGUCACAGCACCACUACCAGGGACAUGGACAGUACCAGCUCAAUGGGGGCAUGGGAAGCUCCCACCAGCCUCCAGUGGCAGGCUCACCGAACAUGUCCUCACCUGGCGGUCAGUACUGGAAUAGGGGUAACCCAGGCCCACAGCAGAUGGGCUUCAACUCCCCCAGUGUGUAUGGGAGCUACCAGAGCCAUGUGCACCCUGGGCUUUCCUCGCCACUGCAUCACCAGCAGCAGCAGCAGCAGCAGUCUUUACAGUCACCCGCGCAUCAGCCAUCUCAACAACAUCUCCACUCUCAGCAUCACCCACAGCAUCACCACCAGCAGCAGCAGUCUCAGCAUUACGGCAUGAUGCCCAACGGGAUGCCCUAUUACCAGCCCCAUCACCCUGCCCUACCCGCUCCCCAGCCACAGCCGACCACACCGUCUCAGCCCCAAAGCCAGUCUCCAAUGAUUCCUCCAGCGCCACAGAACUUCACUCCACCCCGUGGCAGCCCGCAGCACCAUAAUAUAGGCAGAGGGGGGACCAGUAGCCCCCUGCCGGUAUCCUCUGUGUCUAUGCUGUCACCCUCAAGCGCACAGGAUGGUAGUUCCCCCCAGGGUCCAAGCAGGGAGAGAAGCCCUCAUCCAGCCAAUGCAGGAAGGCCUGCUGUCAUGCAAGGUAAUAUGAGUGAAACCUAUCAGGAGGCGGAUGAAGGGUACAAAUUGAUGGACGAGGCCAGAGGUGGCCAAAGGUUGCCUAGAAGUGAUGGUUUCCAACCCAAACCGCCCUUACCUCACGAGUACAAUCGGCAUGCUGAGCAGUCUGCAGCCCAGUGCCCGGACAUUUUAAAGAGGGACCCAGCAGUGAAUGCCUCCCCUCGCUCCAUGUCGUCUCAUCCCUCUGGAUCCCCGGCGGCCGUUUCGACGUCUCCUUUGGGAAAAGCGUCAACACCUCCUCGGCUCUCUAUGGUUCCUGUGGUCUCUUCCGUGUCAGCCCCGGGACCAACCACCGAGCCAUCCCACGCUGUGGUGUCGACUCCGCCUCGAGUCGCAACGCCCCCGAGUUUGGCAUCUCUACACUCUGUAGCCGGGUCUCCGAAACUUUCUUCCCCUCCUCUAAUGGUGCAGGGCCCAAGGCCUCCCUCUGGUUGUGGUUCCCUGAUUGAUUCGGCUGGAUCUCCCCACAGGACAUUGGGAUCUCCUUCCCGCGUGCCUGCUCUACCUUCCAAUUUACCUGCACUGCCACCAUUGCUGGAUACUGCCCCCAGGUUGCCAGUAGUUCCCUCAGCUCCGUUAGUCCCUGCUCCGGCCUUGGUGUCUAAUUCUGAGGGGAGGAAGAUGUUGUUUCCCCGCAUGACCUCUUCCCCGUACACCACAAGUCACGCAACCACAACAGCACUUGCCCCUUCCUACUCGGGUUCGGCGCCCAUUUCUGCGCUCCAGCAGAUGGUCGAUGGGUCAAGGUCCCAUCCAGUGACAUCGCGCUUCCCAGAUCCAUCAAAAGCGCCACCGGAAGUGUCAGGACCUUUGACAAAAAAUGCCUCAUCUCCUGCACCACCUAAACAUCGCUCUUUGGUAUCUACACCUCCAAGAUUAGUGCCCGCUUUUCCCUCUGCUGACGACAAGUCGGUGCCCACACUCCAGCUUCAGACGUCACUGUCUCCUACGACCGAAUCUGCUCAUACUACUGCUCCAGCAACCACAUUAUCUCCAGCACAAGUGGACGCAGAACGGCUGGCACCCUCAGUCCAAGGUCCUGCAUCCCAGCCCUUGUAUUCCCUACCUCCUUCAACCACUCAAGCCUCCAGAACCUUUGUGUCUGCUCCCCCCCCCUUGGUGUCUUCGACUACUUCAGGAGCCGCUGCCUCUCCCUUGGCCCAAGCCAGUGCUGUGACGAAAGCCUCAUCCAACAACAUCCCUUCUCCACAAGCUCCCAAACCGCCGCCUCCAAAAACGGAGGAAGAGGAUGGUGACGGUAGGGAUGGGAUCGGAGCAAGGCCCCCGCAGCGCGACACCGCUGCGGCCAACGACCGCAGCGCGGCCGACGAAGGGUCUUGUGACGACGCCUCUCAAUCUGAGGACGAGUCGAUGCUCCACAGCACCUCCAGAGUGGACCUCUCCAGCUCAGAGAUGGAGGACACGUCUCAGAUGGACGGCGACGGCUCACACGUGAACGAGUCCACUCGCAUGGACGACAGCUCAUUCGUGGCGGAAGAAGCGUCUCAGUUCGACCGCACCUCUCACUCGGAGGAGGAGCCCUCUGGGGUGGCCGACUCGACCCUGGAUAGCCACGCUUCCUCCUUCUCGGAGGAGGAGGAGUUUGGGGAUAGCCGGGCAGAAGAGAGCUCUCAAGCAGACGAGACCAAGGCCAGCGGUGUGAGCACCAGGGAUGCUACGGUGGACUCCUCCCUGAACAGCACCUCUCAGCUCGAGGAAUCCAACGUUGACUCGCUGCAGAUGGAGCUGUCCAACGUGGACUCGUCGCAGAUCAAUACCUCUGUCGCAGACUCAACCGGACCACUUCACACAUCAACUCAAGAAUCUGAAGAUGAGGCGGCCAAUGCAUGUGACCUACCUGACUCUGCUGGACCUAUUGGUGAUAAAGCCGCUGUUGCUGAGGCCACGCCUGGCCCUGCUUCAAAGAUAAUGGAAGAGGAGAUCACGGCCCUGAUGGAGGCCCCUGACCCACCUCGGGUCCCGCCCCUCACCAUCAAAACAUCCCCUGCCUCCGGGAGGCCGGUUAAAACACCAGGGAAACCCCGGAAACCCCGGACUCCCAAGGCCUCCACUCCAGCGGCCGCCCCAGCGGAGAAGGCCCCGCGUAAGCCCCGGGCCAGAACGCCGAAGGUGGAGAAGAUCAAGAAACCCAAGGCGGCAGAGGCCAAAGCAGACGAGGGAGCCAAGGUGAAGGGCGCGGGCCGGAAGAGGAAGAAGCCCCUCAAGGAGGAGGCGAAGGACGCGUCGGACGUCUCCCAAACGGCGGGGCCUCCCACAGGAGAGUUGGACCCCAUUUCGGCCAUCAUCGAGGCCGUGCUCGCUAGGGCUUCAGAAGCCAGCUCUGCCGACGAGACCCUGAAGAAGCCGAAGAAGGCGAAGAAACAAGGUCAGGAAGGAAGUGCGGCCAAGGUGCCCAAACUCCAGGCCGACGCCGCAGAGGAGGAAGUGGAAAACGAUGCAGAUGACAGCUCCACUGCAGGAGAGUCCAAUAGACGGAGGGUCGCAACUGAGGAGCAGGUGCAGUUCCCUCUGUUGCACGGAUGGAGGAGGGAGAUCCGUGUGAAGAAGACGGAGAGCCGGAUGAAAGGGGAAACCUGGUACUACACUCCCUGUGGCCGAAGGAUGAAGCAGUUCCCGGAAAUCAUCAAAUACUUGAAAAGGCACCAGGAUAGCGUGGUCUCCAGGGAACACUUCAGCUUCAGCCCCCGCAUGCCCAUAGGAGACUUCUACGAAGAGAGGGAAACACCCGAGGGCAAGACGUGGGUGCUGCUGGCGAACGAGGAAGUUCCUUCCAUCAUCAUGGCGAUCACCGGCCGCCGCGGCCGACCGCCCAACCCGGACAAGGAGAAGCCCCGCAGGGUCCGAGCCCCGAAGGGGGGGCAAGUGCGGCGCCCUGGCAGACCCCCCAAACCCAAGAUGGUGGACCUGCUCAGCAAAGUGGACGCCAAGCUGUUGAAACGCCUGGAGGCCAAAGAAGCAAUUACGGAGGAGGAUAAAGAGAAAAUCGCAAAAAUCAAGAAGAAAAUGAAGAGAAAGGCGAGAAUGAAAAGAAAGGAGGAUAACAAGAAUAAGAAGAUCCGAGACGAGAAGAAGAAAGCAAAGCUGGAGAAGGAGCAGGUGGUGAGUGACCAAGCAGCCACCUCUGAACCAACCAACGGCGUCGCCCCGCCAGCCGACUCGACGAAAGCCAACGAGUCUCAGCAGGAGCCCAAGAAGACCAGAAAGAAGAGGACCAAGGCCGUGGCCCCGGCUCCCGUGCAGCAGACGGACGAGGAGAGGAUCGCCCAGGGCAAGAGGGUGCUGGGGGCCCGCAGCAAGGCCAAGGCCCUGGCCAAGGCCCAGGCGGAGGCGGAGGCCGCAGCCCAGGCCGCCCUGACGGCCAAGCGGGCCGCAGAGAGGCGGGCGGCGGCCCAGAGACGACUGGAGGAGAGGAAGAGGCAGCAGACCAUCUCUGACGAGCUGAAGAAGCCCACAGAGGACAUGUGCCUCACCGACCACAAGCCUCUCCCUGAGCUCUCUCGCAUCCCCGGGGUGGUGCUCUCGGGCGCCGCCUUCGCUCACUGCCUGACGGUGGUGGAGUUCCUGCAUGGCUACGGCAAGGUGAUAGGCCUCAACAUUCCCAAGGACAUUCCCAGCCUGGCCACCCUCCAGGAAGGCCUGCUGGGGCUGGGCGAGGGGCAAGCCGAGGUACAGGAUCUGGUGCUGAAGCUGCUGGAGGCGGCCUUGCACGACCCCGGCCUGUCCUCCUAUUACCAGUCGGUGAAGAUCCUCGGGGACAAGCUGGCGGACCUGGAGCUGACCCGCAGCACCGUGUCGGAGCCCCUGCGGCUCUUCCUGGAGUCCCACGGCUACGACCUGGAGGUGUGUGACACGCUGAGGACCAAGACGUUCCACGCCCUGGCGCCCGACACCAAGGCCUCCAUCCUGGGCUUCCUGGUGGAGGAGCUGAACGGCAGCAACAUCGUUAUCAGUGACAUCGACAACACCCUGGAGAACAUGGCCACCUACAGGAAGAACAAGUGGAUCAUCGAGGGGAAGUUGCGAAAGCUGAAGUCGGCCCUGGCCCGGCGCACGGGCCGCUCGGAGGAGGACCUGGGCCAGGAGGAGAGGCGGCGCAGCACCCGGGUGGCGGAGGACGAGGCCACGGAGGACGGCGGCCUGCUGCAGGACCGGGCCAGCCGCCGCGCACGCAAGGAGGAGCCCAAGCUGAGCGACAGCGAGAGCCCGACAAACGCCAGCAUUCCAGAGCUCGAAAGGCAGAUCGAUAAGCUCACCAAGCGCCAGCAGCUCUUCCGGAAGAAGCUGUUGCAGUCGUCCCAUUCCAUGCGGGCCGUCUCUCUGGGACAGGACCGCUUCCGCCGCCGGUACCUGGCGCUGCCGCACCUCGGGGCCAUCCUGGUGGAGGGGCCCGAGGAGCUCCUGUCAUCCGAGGAGGUCCUCGUGGCCGAGGUGCCCGUCACUCUGCUGAAGAGGGAGCCCAAGGUGGAGGAGACCCCCACGCCUACCUCUCCCCCCGCCGCCGCCUCCCCUACGGCCCCUCCCAGCGUCAAGCCGCCCACCUCCUCGCCGGACGAGACCCUGGACGACGACGGGCUCCCGGGCACGGCGUCCCUCAUGAGCCAGCCCCGGGGCCGCGGCCGGCCCCGCAAGAUCAAGCCGGAGGUGGAGCUGCACCUGCGCACCGCCAAGAUCCGCCGGCGCCGGCGGAGCAGCGCCCGCUCGGGCGGCGAGGACGGGCCCGGCUCGCCGGCCAGCGCCGGCAGGGACCUCGCGCACACGGCCUUCAAGAGCUCGCUCACGCAGGAGCCGUACGCCAACGGCACGGCGACGGGGGACGCGCCUGGCGGCCAGCUGCCCGAGGACAGCGUGAAGGAGACGGCCGAGAGGCGGGGCCAGUGGUUCAACCUGCUGCCCAAAGAGCCGUGCGACGCCAGCUCUCUGACGGAGCCCCAGGGGCCCGCCUCGCCCAGCACGCCCCGGGUCCCCGUCUGCACGCUGCCGGCCGAGCUCGCCGCAUCCCUGCUGCAGUCGGAAUCGGCCCUCCCGGGUCAAAGUCCCACCGAGGCGGUGACCACCCCACAGGGCGGCCUCACCGAUCCCCUCGUCCCUUCUGCCGCCGAUCCCGCUACCACUCCUCCCGCCCCUGCUCCUCCCCUUCUCUCCUCUCCCGCUCUAGACCCCACCCCCGCGACCCCCACCACGCCCUCCCGGCCCGUCCGCCGGCGCCGGAGGGGCAGCCGAGGGAGCAGCCCCGCCCGGAGAGGGGCGCGCAACGCGGCCGCCAAGCGCCGCGGCCGCCCGCCCAACACGGUGUUCCAGGAGCUGGAGCAGCAGUACUUCACCCAGAUGGUGGUCAAGCCCAUCCCCAAGGUGAUGGUGCGUGGCUGGUGGGUGAUCCGGGACGCAGAGGAGCUGCAGGCCACCCUGCGUGCUCUCAACCCCAGGGGCAUCCGGGAGAAGGUGCUCCACAAGCACCUGGCCAAGCACAUGGAGAACCUGAGCCUGAUGUGCACCAAGGCUGUCGCUGACCCCAUAUUCCAGGUGAAGACGGAGGAAGGCGGGUCCCUGAUGGAGGCUCUACAGAAGCCGUGGCAGGUGCAGGAGAGGAUGCUGGAGGUGGACGUCAACGCCCUCCAGUGGGUGGAGGAGCUGGAGCAGAGAGUGAUCACCGCAGACCUACAUCUCAAGGUGGCUCCUCAGAGCGUCCUGAAAACAGAGUCUUCAGAGGUCGUGGACCCGGACGCACCAGUGGCAGAAUUCCAGGCCUACACGGCGCCCGAGCCGGACUCGACGCGGGACGACCUGCAGUACUACGAGCACGAGGUGGACCCGCGCGACGACUGGACGGUGCGCACCAAGAAGGAGUGGUCGGACCUGCCGCGCGUGGCCACGCACGCCCUGGACCUGGCCGUGCUGCGGCUGGCCAACCUGGAGCGCAACAUCGAGCGGCGCUACCUCAAGGAGCCGCUGUGGAACACGGCCGAGGUGAUGCGGCUUGCCCCCGUCACCACCACGCCCGGGGAGGCCCCGCCCAUGGACGUCAUGAGCCUGGAGAGUGAGAUCACCCCCCGCCUGCGGACCUGGAGGCAGGCUCUGGACCGCUGCCGCAGCGCCCCCCAGCUGUGCCUCUGCAUACUGCAGCUGGAGAAGGCCAUCGCCUGGGAGAGAUCGGUGGUCAAACUGAACUGCCAGGUGUGCAGGAAGGGGGACAACGAUGAGUACCUGCUUCUGUGCGACGGCUGUGACCGCGGCUGCCACAUGUACUGCCUCCGGCCCAAGGUCACGCAGGUGCCCGAAGGAGACUGGUUCUGUCCCACCUGCACUGCCAAGGAGGACGGUGAGUCACCGGGGAGCCAGCGCUCGGCCAAGAAGCGCACCCGGCUGAAGAAGAGGCGGUACGAGGACGACAGCUCGGACGAGGAGACGGCGCCACGCCGCCUCGUCGGCAUGGCGACCAGGCACAAGGACACGCCGCCGUCUGCGCCCUCCUCCUCCUCCCGUUACUGCGGCGACACCGCCGCCGCCACAGCUGGGAUCUCGCCAGCCAAGCGUCGCCGAAUGACCACCCGUAAUCAGCCGGACCUGACUUACUGCGAGAUCAUCCUGAUGGAGAUGGAGGCCCACGCCAGCGCCUGGCCCUUCCUGGAGCCCGUCAACCCCCGCCUGGUGCCGGGCUACCGCCGCAUCGUCAAGACCCCCAUGGACUUCCUCACCAUGCGGGAGAGGCUGCUGCAGGGAGGGUACUGUAACUGCGAGGAGUUUGCGGCGGACGCCCAGCUGGUGUUCAACAACUGCCAGCUGUUCAACGAGGACACGUCGGAGGUGGGCGUGGCCGGGCACGCCAUGCGCAUCUUCUUCGAGAACCGCUGGGCCGAGUUCUACGACAACAAGGACAAAUGAGAGCCCUGAGAGAGACUGUCUGGAGGCCCGCCCAGCGCACACCUGUAUCCCCGUGUCCAUAGACGGCGACGGCCGCCUGUACCUCGGCCCCGCGUCCCUUCCUCUCACGGCCAGGGGUCUGGCCCCGCCAGUGGGCCCCGGCCCGGCUCUCAGGACUCGGUCAGGGGUGGACCACACUGCUGCAGCCUCGUGCGCUGCGCAGCGGACCUGCUGUGCUGCACCCCUCGACCUGAACACAGCUUGGACAAAAUCAAGAAAACAAAAAAAAUGACCUUUCUGACCUGGUGUUACCCCCCCCCCCCCCCCCAUACCUGUUUCUUAAUGGUAAUGUAAUGUGGUCUCAUGCCUAGAAGUACCUUUUUGUUUGCUCAAUAUAUUUUUUAUUAUAUAUUCUAUAUAUAUAUAAAAAUAUCAAUAGCUGGGAUUAUUUAAUAGCAAUAGUGUGUAGUGGAUGUGUACUGACUACAUUAUAGAGAUGUCUAGAUGGUUGACAGAAGGCCAGUUAAACAAACGGGGAAACAAGGAACGUUGUUUCUAAAGCGUCACAUCGUAGUUAGGCAAAUAACCUCCAGCUCGAGAGACACACACACACACACACACACACACACACACACACACACACACACACACCACACACACACACACACCACACCCUGCUGCUGUGUGUAGGACACUGGUUUCUAACAACUGGAGUAUUUAGUGUGUGUCGAUAUUGGUUAGGCGUCUAAUCUUGUGUUUGGAUGUGUCCCUCCUGAGGAGCACAUAAUUGCUGUGAGUUUGGUGUUAGCAGGAUAGAUUCGCCCUCACAGGCCAACCUGAAUGGGACUGCAAAGAGUUGAACCUGUCUCCAUAUGCGAUGUGUAGAAUGUACAUAGAAAUGAGGGGGCCCAUAGGCCUCGACGCAAGUUUGCCGUAAGCAUCUUCAGUCGAGACACGAGAGCGAACCAGGCUUUGCUCAGAUCAUACCGGACCAACACUGAAAACAAAUUUCCAGCCCUCCCUCCUUCCCAAUUCACCAAGGUUCGUUCCUCCGGACCGAAUUCACCAUGGCCGAAGGGUAGGAGCACGGUGUGUUUGAGUGCACCUUCCAUAACAUAGCAACGUGGGCUGAGCACACUGAAGUCCCACAAGUUCAAAGCCUGUGCUGUUUUAAUUUACAUUCCGAGUUCUGGUUUUUAAUCCACUAUAGUUUUGUUUGUACCUUUUUGUCUUCUUUGACGCUUCCGAAGGGCCAAUGUACAUGUUGCACGGCAUGGUGUUUGUUCUGAAGGCGACAGGACACGUCUCCUCAACCCGGGUUAUAUUUAAGCUAGUUUCUUACACUGAACUCAAAUAGGUUAAUAGGAAGUACACUUGUUGUUCCUUAUUACACUUAAAGGACGCCUGUUUUUCAUAAAAAUACGCAGAAAAAAAAUUAAAUAAAAACCAAACGUGGUGUUAAGUGAAUUUUUAAUAAUGUACAGUUUUGGUGACUUUAAAUUUGUUCCUUUCUAUAUUUUUAGGACCAAUUUAUCAUUUUUAAGAGGAGGUAUUAUAAGACUAUGUUGUAUCAAGGUGAUGUAACGAGUGUGCAUCUGUAGAAUGUACUGUGAGUUGAAUAAAAACCACGACUAGUA